CGUUCCAAACGCCGGAAAUGUGCACUCGGGACUGCUGUCGUUGUCCCAUCAGCAGAUUGGAUUGAACCGUCGGGUUGUGCGGUUUAAACCGUGGCGGUUUUUUCUCGCACUCCAUGGCUGUAGGUUUCCACAACCUCUUUUGCUCUGGAUCGGAAGACUUGGAUGAUGAGGAUUUUCUGUCUGUACUGGAGGGUACAGAGUCCAAGCUCUCUGUUCAUGAACCUACAACUGACCAAUUCAGAUCCAUCUCAAAAAUCACUACUAAAAACUUAGAGGAAGCAGGAAACUAUUCCCAUGAUACAAAACCCUUAUCAGUGCAGGAAGCAACAAGUGCACCUUCUCUGGUCCAGGAUGUGGAUGAUGAAGAAUUGUUAUCUGCUUUUAGUGAGUUGGAAUCAGAGAUAUCAGAAGAGCAGUGCCAAGCUCCAGAACCUCAGCUGCUGUUGAGGCCUAUAUAUCAUACUUCACAAAGGAAUAGCACAGACUCAAAUAACUCUGCUUCCUUGCAACUGCGUCCAUCUCGAAGUGGCUUCUUCCAAGAUCUGGAAACUAGGCAGUGUACAAGGGGUAUCCCUCAGCAGCCACCAUAUUACAAUUGCAGCUCUAGCUCCCCCACAGCGUCUAGUUUCCAACUAAGUAGGGGGGGGAGUGUACAAUGUCAGUCAUCAGAGCCCACUGCCAAAAAACCCUGCUUAAGGCCUAAUGUUGAAACACAGCCUGUUACGCCUGUGAGAAUUGGAAAUCGCCCCUACACAUCUAUUUCUACCUAUCCACAUUGCAAUAUGUCAGCCAGCGCAUCAAUGCCAUCAAAUUCAUGGCAGAAUCCAAUCAACAAUGCCCACCCAAUGCCAAGAACUCCCCUGUCCUCUGCACGCCCACAUCCACCCAGCACUCUACAGACUCCAGUGGUAACCAAUCAUCUUGUACAAUUAAUGACGGCAGCUAAUAAGACUCCAAGGAAGUUGUCAUGGGAGACGCCGUCGCCCAAAGAGAGGAGAUUUCCCGGGCCAGCUGGCCUACUGCCGCAUCAGGGCAGUAACAGAGGACUUGAUGACAUCCUAGUUUCCACUCCUCACACUCCAAAUCAUGGGGCGCGAGCAAAGCUCCGAAGCAAGGAAGGCACGUCCUCCCAGCAGCCAUUGGCAGAAGAGUUUAUCAAGGGUCCUUGGGCCACUAUGAAAGCGGAUUGUUUAUUGGAUGAGAAUGACCCCGCCAGCUUCCUGAGGACAUACAGUGUGGUCAUGGUUUUGCGCAAGGCGGCUCUCAAGCAACUUCCGAAGAAUAAAGUCCCACAAAUGGCGGUUUCUCUCAAGAGCCUGACACCAGCUAAUGGAGAUGCUAGUGCUGUAUUCAGAGACCCAACCGGGGACAUUCAAGGCACUGUGCAUCAUAUGUUAUUAGAAGAGCGAGAGAGUGAGCUGAAGAUUGGUAGUGUUCUCCUAUUGCAGCAGGUUGGCGUUUUUUCACCAUCCUAUCGUAACCAUUAUCUCAAUGUGACCCCGAGCAACCUCGUAAAAAUCUACCCCCCUAUAGAGGAAGGUGGGACAUCUAUGGUGCCUGUCUCAUUAAUGCCACAAGAGGAAGUAGAUGUAAACGGCAACCAAAUCCAAUCGCCACAUCAUCCUUCAUCCAGCACGACGCAGCCCAGUGCCUCCCAGCCAGCAGCAUUUCACACAUUAUCCAGCACCGUACAACCAAGAUUCCCCCAACCAGCAUCAUCUUGCCCAUCAGCCAGCACAACACAACAAAGAAACGCCCAACCAGCAGUAUCUCAUCCAUCAUCCCGCACAGCACAAGCAACAUUCCUCCACGCAGUAUCAUCUUUCCCAGAAUCCUGCACAGCACAACCAGUAAAACCCCAUUCAGCGGCAUCUUCCCCAGAUUGGGAUAUGGAUGACCUUGACUGUUUGUUGUGUGACCUUCAAGAGGACUCUGGGCAUUGACAUGUCCAUUUGGCACUUAAGACUCAAUGUUCAGAUAUCGCACUAUGCAUUUUCCAUAAUCAGUGACUCUUCUAUGCAUCCCCUGUUAUCACUAAGUGCUAGUAAGUGUAUAAAACUACAUGAGCAUGGUUGGAUUUUGAAACCUGUAUAUCCUAUGCAGAUGGGUAGCAGCUGAAGAAAAUGUACUUUAGAAUAAUAUCCACUCAAAGUCAAAAAAAAAAAAGUUUGAAAGAUAUAAUUUUUUAUUUUUUUUAUUAACCUGGCACUAAACCUGAUCCAGAAUAAGACUAUUGGGCCCUACACAUUCGGCGACUCACCGUCAAGCUGCCCGACGGCCGAUAGGGCAGACUGGCAACCUGGUGGUGGAGGGGGCGUGAAGAAUCUUCACACACCCCGUCACCCGGCUCCAUAGCAGUGCAAGCUAAUAUGGACGAGAUUGUCCAUAUUGGCUUGCAUGCAUAAGCGACCUGGCACCAACGAUGAACGAGCGCAGGGCCGCGCAUCGUUGGUGCCUACACACUGAACUAAAUGAGUGAGUUCUCGUUCACUAAUCAAUGAGAACGUUCAUUUCGCUCCGUUAUAUCUUCAAGUGUGUAGUGCUUAUUAGGCAUUUCUCAAUAUCUUAGUAAUAAAUGUCUCAUUCAAAGUACACUUGUUACUACUUGUUAAUAAAUUGCCUGUCACUAGCCCCUUUGAGUAACACUAUCGAACUCUCCUGGUAAGUUAUUCAGGAACCUGACCGCCUACAUAGUGAAGAAUCCUUUUCUGUUCUAGUGGUGAGAGUGUGAGGAAAGCUCAUUUACCGAAACUUUGUACUGAUAUUUUGGAUUUUGGUCUCUUUAAUGUAAACCCGGCAUUCCCCUAAUGAAUAAAUUUGUCUACUUGUGCACCUC